CAGGACUCUGGUCCCGGUCCUGGUCCUGGUCCCGGUCCUGGUCCCGGUCCUGGUCCCGGUCCCCGUUUCCUGCGGCCCCCGCCGACCCCCGGCCCAGCCCCGGCCCCUCCGGCCCUUCCCGGCCCUCCACUACGAGACCCGCUUCUUCCCCCAGAAGGUCGAUCACUUUGGAUUUGAUUUGGAUUUAACAUUUAAACAGCGGUACCUGGUAUCCGAUCAACACUGGAGGGAAGAUGGGGGUUCGAUACUUUUCUACACCGGCAACGAAGGGGAUAUUACCUGGUUCUGUAAUAAUACGGGUUUCAUGUGGGAAGUGGCGGAGGAGUUGCAGGCCAUGCUGGUGUUUGCCGAACAUCGAUAUUAUGGGGAGUCCCUGCCCUUUGGGGAUCAGUCAUUCAGCGACUCCAAGCACUUGAACUACCUGACCUCCGAGCAGGCACUGGCGGACUUCGCCGUUUUAAUCGAGCACUUGAAAGCAACGAUCCCGGGCGCCCAGAACAGCCCCGUGAUCUCCAUCGGGGGGUCGUACGGAGGAAUGCUCGCCGCCUGGAUCCGCAUGAAAUAUCCACACCUGGUGGUCGGGGCCCUGGCUGCCUCCGCUCCCAUCUGGCAGUUUGGGGACCUCGUCCCCUGCGGCAGGUUUUUCGAGAUCGUGACCAACGAUUUCAAGAAGAGCGGGGCAGGUUGUUCCGAGACCAUCCGCGCUUCUUGGGAUGCCGUCGGUCGGAUUUCAUCCACAGAGGAAGGUUUGCAGUGGCUGUCCCACACAUUCCACCUUUGCAGCCCGUUGAGGAGCCAGCAGGACGCCGUGGCGCUGAAAACUUGGAUGUCCAGCACGUGGGUGGACCUGGCCAUGGUGGACUAUCCCUAUGAAACGGACUUCCUCCAGCCUCUACCCGCCUGGCCUGUCCAGGCGGUGUGCAAGUACCUGAAGGACCCUAAAUCGGCGGAUGACGUUUUGCUGCAGAAUAUCUUCCAGGCGUUGAACGUCUACUACAAUUAUACUGGAAAAACGAGCUGUCUGAAUACUUCCGAGACGGUCACAGGGAACCUUGGAAUGCAAGGCUGGAGCUAUCAGGCUUGCACAGAGAUGGUCAUGCCUUUGUGCACCGAUGGGAUCAAUGACAUGUUCGAACCCCAGCCGUGGGAUUUCAAAGCCCUGUCCGACGAGUGUUUCAAACUGUGGGGGGUGAGACCACGCCUCUUCUGGAUCCCGACGGUCUACGGAGGGAAAAACAUCAGUUCCCACAGCAACAUAAUCUUCAGCAAUGGAGCUCUGGACCCCUGGUCCGGAGGGGGCGUGAAUGAGAACAUCACCGACACGCUGGUGGCCGUCGUCAUCCCCGAGGGCGCCCACCACCUCGACCUGCGGGCCAACAACCCGUACGACCCCAAGUCCGUGCUGCAGGCGCGGGCCGCCGAAGUCCACCUCAUAAAGCAGUGGGUGGCGAAGGGCCGGGGCUGAGGGGUUACCCCGCGCCACCCCCCGCGUCCGGGCCCCGUCCCUCAGAAGGUCUUCGCGGGCAUUCCCUCCUCCCGGUCCGGAAAAGGGCUCCAGGGCUCGAAACCACACCCCCCGCAUUGAGCUUCUGGACCCUCAGUGGCAUUCGUGACUCUCCGUCCUCCAGGGCGCUUGGCGGGCUUCCCUCCGGCCUCUGGAAACUGUCUACCUCCUUCCUCCCCUGGCCCGGCGAGCCCCGAAUCUCCCCAGAUCUCAGGAUCCGCGUCCGGCUGUGAAACGGGACCAGCCGUCGCCGCCUUCCCUCGCCCCUCCGAGCCCUCCUGGCCUGCCCUGGUGCCCUGGCUUCGUCUCGAGACUCCACCCACACGCCCUGGGCCCGGGGCCGAAGAGACCUGGGGUAGCCCCGGUGUGGGGGACGGUGAUGCUGGUUGUCGUGAGAGCGUUCUAGAGCCCCCAUCCUGUCUCCGGUUGUCAAGUCCUUAACUAGCCGGGAGUCUCGUCCCGUUGUAGGUAUGGGGUUAGGGCUGGGCCCUGGCCUUCCUCCUUGGUAUUAAAAUUUUCUCUCUCUGGG